AUGGCGCUCGCGCAGCUUCAGCAUAUAUUUUACCCAGGCAGCGCAGAACCGAGUUCGGGCUUCAAGUGCCUUCCACCUCCGAUCCCAGGAACAGUGCAAGAACAAUCAUCAGAGAAUGAGAAAAAGGAGGAGGAGGAUGACGGGCUGUAUACAACAGUCCACCUGCCAAAAAUGUUUGCCCUCUUUCUCUCCGGCAAUCCACCCGUGAACCCAUAUUACGCGGAGGUUAGGGCAGAGUCUGAGCGGUGGCUAGCCAGGACAUGUAACUUUGACGACCGGGCAGCAAGGCGGCUGGCCAAGACCGACUUUUCGUAUUUCUGCUCGAUAUCAGCCCCUCGUGCGGGGAGGGAGGAGUUCAGGACUGUAUGUGACUGGGGGAAUUGGGUUUUCCCAUUCGAUGAUAUGUUCGACAGCGGCGCCCUAAGAGACAACCCAACCCGAGCUCAAGAAGUUAUCGAGGAUCUUCUCGCUGGGAUGGGCAUGGGACUAGAAUCCAGCAAAUCCUCACCCCAAGCCGAAUGCCGAGCAGACGAUCCUCUAAUCCAGGUCCACAACUCUGUAUGGGAGCGCAUCGUCAAAGCCUCCCCGAUUGGCACACAACGCCGCUUCGCCCAGUCAAUGCACGAUUACUGCAUGGGAAGCUUAGUGCAGGUGCAGAAUGCCUCGACACAGACGUAUCCUUCCAUAGAAGAGAUGCUGGGUAUCAGGCGGCGGUCUUCGGGCGUGGCGCCUUUGUUUGCGCUUGUUGAGUAUGCGCAUAAGCUCAACAUACCGGACACUGUGUUCGAGACCCGAACUAUACAGGAGAUUGAUCGGAUCGGCGUUGAUUUGGUUCUCAUACAAAACGACAUCCUCUCCUACUGCAGAGAAGAAAGAGAAGGCGUCUCGCACAACCUCGUCGCCAUUGCCCGCCGAAACGGCAUGUGCGCACAAGCCGCCUUCACACACGUUGGCGAUAUGCUCUCCUCGCGCUACCGCGACUGGUACUUGGCGCUUGCGGAGCUGCCCAGCUGGGGCGAGGAUGUGGAUGUCCAGGUGCAGGAAUAUGUGGAGGGGGUUAGGAGCGUUGUUAGGGCUAAUUUGGGGUGGAGUUUUCGGUCGCAGAGGUACUUUGGCGACAGGGCGUCUGAGGUUCGGAAGUCGGGGGUUGUGAGGGUGCAGCGGGUGUUGUGA